UGCAAGUCUGCUUAUAAUUUGACUACCACAAUCUUGCACAUCGUUCAACAUGCAAUCUAUCUUAUUCCAGGAUAGUCACCAUGAUCUGCCUCACAACGAAGUUUUGAAAUGAGUUUCAUGUACAUUCCUCAUCCCAGGCGGCCUUCCAAGACUUCGACUCGGUAUGAUCAGAAUUAGCCUGCUUUUGGCGCAUUGCAAUAGCUUCCAAGGAAUCCACUCUCGGCAUGGCUGGAACGGUGAAAGCAACUGGGUUUUAUAGGCAUGUGAUGGUGAUUGUGACGUUGGAUGUCCUUGCUUGCCCAGUAAAGAUCCGGUCACCAGUUCGACUCCGACGCAACCAUUUCCAUUUGGUCCGAAUCAAGGCUCUGAUUUCGGCUACUUGGAACGCAAGAACUCUCCGCACCCUUUCUCGACAAACGAGCAUGCCGAAGCUACCGCUCUUCCCCCUCACACGCACGCAACUCCCGUACCACCUGGCCGACAGCCCCGAGAAGCUGGCGUCUCUGCAGGCCGCACACACGAAACGAAUGCGGCGCAAGGAAAUACGGACAAUCCGGAAGGAGUCCCUUCUCCUCGCACGGCUCAUCUGCGAAGACAAUCCUUCUGGGGCUCCGCCCGCGCAGCCGCUGUCCAAAGCGCUCCUUGGGCCCCCGGAGCCUGUGCAAAACACGAAGUUGAUCAGCAGGAAUGCCGCCGAAGAGCGACAGCUUGCGCGCCCCCAUGUACGGGAAAGGCCCAGUAUAGGACUCAGGACGGACCAUUACCUGCCAAGUCGCACAACCUAUCCUGCAUACCUGCCAGCUCUGUCGAAAUCCCCUUCUACUUCAUCGUCUUCCAUGCGCGACCCGUCGUCGAUGUCUCCAGAGCGGAUGACUGCCCCACGCCUUGGUGUUUCCAUGGUCCAGGACCCCCGAUACACACGCGCGGCGGCACCCCGUCCACGCGGCACCCCUGCCUCUUCAAAUAUGCCUAGGCAUCAACGCAGCAGAGACGAUGACGAGGACGAGGAUUGGCGGAGACUGCUGCGCGCACGCGAUGUGCCAGGCAUUCCCAGCCGGGAGUUGCAGUUCCGCCGCGAGUCGCUGGAGAUAGGCACAGGCGGGAUCUCCGGCACCCGCUUCUCUCCACGUCUCCGCAAACUGGCAGCUGUGCCGGGUUGAGGGACCCACCUGACGUCUGGCGAGAUCCGGCGUCGGCGCGUUCUAAAACGAAACCUCUGUCGCUUUCGACGACUGAUAACAGCGACAUCGCGCGAACAUGAAAAUCAUUCGAAAAGCCCAGUGCAAUCCGGGGCACUCGGGCACAUACCAGUACUCGAAAACGAAGACUAAUAAUACAGUAUCAAUGCAGCUCUAAUGGCCAGUCCAAUUUGUAUGGAUCACUCCCCCGCCUGAGCUUGGAUGAGCCCACUUCCGAUUCCUCACUGUCGGAGGACGGUGCAUUCGAGGAUUCUUCCCACCACUCUGUACAUCGAGACGCUCUCGUGACGAUGCGCAUCUCCGUGCUGCCGAAAGUUCUGUAUUCUCGCAAGCCGUCGCCGUCUGGUCCUUCGAACUCGUGCACGGUAACCAAGCGGGGUGCCUUGUCGCCUUUUCCUAGACACGUCGUUUGCACCAUGUCGCACGAGUCUUCGAUAGACAUAGCGAGCGGCCGUCUCGGGAGCUGUAUCGGGCCUCGGAUGCACACCUCGUCGGCCUGGACAUCCAGCGCAUUCGGCUCGACACUAAUGAGCUCCAAAUACGGCACAUGCGCGCCUGGAGGAACCGGCCCGCCGAACCGCACUCGGCGCAGUCUCAGCUCCGCAAGCGUCGGGAAUAAACCCCCGUUGGGUCGCAGGUGGAGGAACGCGAUCAGAGGCGCGCAGUCAACCGACCAGCGCUCGGCCGGGUCAGAUGCAUCCUCCAGCGUCAGAUGAUGCAUUUUCGGCGCACCGUGCAGCAUGUGGAGCAAGGCGAAUCCGACCGCUGUUUUGCGGAUACCGAGCACGACGUGCGAGAGGAGGGGGAGCGACGGGCCGAUCGGCGCCGAGUCUAGGAAGUCCUGGCCAACGUCUUGGAGUGAGGGUCCGGCACCAUUCAUCACCAGGCGCGACACGUUUUUGGCUGCGGAGAGGAGAGCGACGAAGUUUGUUACUGUCGGCUGAGCCGGUCGAGGAAGGUGUGAUAUUUCGAGCGAACAGAGUUUAUCGGUCAGUUGAGCAGCAACAUUCGACCAGCAAGCCGGCACGCCCCGCAUCGUCAGGUGGCGCAAGGACGGGAGCAAUCCGCUGUGAUUCGUCGCCGAGGCAAGAAACAACUGCGCUGGAUCUGAGACAGGAGAGUCUCUGCUGAAGGCUGCGUAGGCAUCGCAUCGCAUGAGUCGUAUGCUCUCUAGAAACGGCGCGCCGUAGGCAACGAGAAAUGUAUCCAGCGCUUUUAAGGCGACGUGCAUUGGGCUGUAGACGUCCGUAAGCACUGAGAUGGAGCGCCACCGGCCGAGGUGCGGUAGCAACACAGAUAGCGCGUGUGUCAUGUGGUUUGUCGUGAACCACGGAGUGUAGCAUCUGUAACAACGGUAUGGGACACAGGAGAUCAACAGGAGACGCGGGAACGCACCUCGGAUCCGCAUGCCUCCAUUCCAUAUCCCGCCCAUCAAUGAGAAUAUCCAGCGCCCGAUUGCGCGACAGGCGGCAGUACAGCUCGAGCCAGCGCGUAUCGAGCACCUCGUCCCCGCCGUCCGCGGGGCACCCGGGCACGAACAUGUCCGGCGUCACGCAGAUGUUCGUCCACAGCAGCGGGGUGUCAAACGCCACGGCGCGCCAGCGCCGGCAUGUCCCGGCGUACCGCAGUGGGCGCUUGACGGAUGCGGCGUCGAACGGCUGGUACGUGCACAUGUCGCCGCCCUCCUGCUCCGGGUCCGGCACCGUCGCGGGGCGGGGCUCGGCGUCUGGGGCGUGCGUUGCGAGGGUGAGGAUGUAGGCGAGCAGCUCAGUAGGGAGGGCGUCGAUGGGCGGGCGGCGGCGCGGCGCGUCUGGGGAGGGUGGGGUCAUGGUGAGAUGCGUGGGUGUGCGGGUAAGCAAGGCCCGGGAAAGAGCAGGAGGGGGGUCGUUAAGUAGAUCACAUCCUCUUUGUGUCUCCCGCCAGAAGAACCCUGGCCCCGGGAUGUAUCUACGAGACAAAAGAGAUUGAUGAUGAUGAGGCAACAGUCAUUUCCCGUUUUGGUGUGUGAUCGGCGCUCGUUUAUUGUGUUUGCCAAGGGAGGUAAGCUGAAAGAAUUCGGCGCCAGCUUACUUAUCUGGCAGUUGCAUUGGUUACCGAGCAGCUGGUCUCCCAGAAUAUUCUACGACGACUGGGAAAUUCUCCACUGGCCUACGCAGACGACUCAUCGGCGGCCCAGGAAGUAUGCAUCCAUGUUUUCCCAAAAAGGGUGACUGCAGCCCGCUGUCU